AUGUCGGACUCAGCCAAGGUGACGGGAACCAGCGCCAGUCACGCCGUGCUCGAGGGCCCUCCACCGGAUGGCCCCGUCUCGGUCGGCGGUCGCACGAUGCAACAUCAAAAUAAACUACCCCAUCUGCCGAUCCCGCCAUUGGAAGACACGAUGAAGCGAUAUCUCCGCGCUCUCGAAGGACUACAGGUCAGUGUCCGUGCAAGCUCCGUGGCGGCCGGGUGACGUCGUCUGCGCAGGCGCCCCACACCCCAUUCAAGCCCAAGUGCACCUCGCUCGCGGGCUGACCCGAACAAAUUCGUGUUGUUGAGGCCAUCUGGCUCCCCGCUCCUCGCUCUUGCUUACCCCUCUAUGCAUACGAACAGGGUCCAGUCGAGCAUGCACGUACCAAGAAAGUCGUACACGACUUCUUGCACAAGGAGGGCCCCGCACUGCACAAGGACUUGCUCGAGUAUGCCUCGACCCGAGCCAGCUUCAUCGAGGAGUUCUGGACUGAGAGCUACUUGUCGCAUUCGGAUUCGGUCGUGCUCAGCCUCAACCCUUUCUUUAUCCUCGAGUGAGUUGAUCGAAGCUGGUUUCCGAAAGGGAGACCAGCCUCGGAGGUACUGAAGCAAGUCGAGCUCACGAACUCAUCCCGUAUGCUCGGCCGUGUUCCAAAGAGACGAUCCAACUCCUGCUCGAGGCAACCAAUUGAUGCGAGCAAGUUCACUCAUCCUCGCCAGUCUGGGGUUCGUCCACGACUUCAGGACCGGCCAGUUGGAGCCCGAUGAAUUCCGAGGAACGCCUUGUACGUCACCCGUCUCCUGUCUUUGCUCCAGUAUCAUGGUUCGUGCUGACUCACGAUGCGUCUCCACGACGGUGCUUCUCAGUGGACAUGAGUCAAUACGCCAAGCUCUUUGGUACCGCGCGGGUCCCAACGAGGUGAGUUGAACGCUGCCUUUCUAUAACUACGACUGGUACCUUAAUCGGUUCGUACCCGACACGUUUUCAGGACUGGGUGCAAAAUGCAAGUCGAUCCCGAGUCUAGGCAUAUCGUCGUUAUGGCCCGCGGUCAAUUCUACUGGUUCGAUGUGAGCUCAACCCCAUCUGGGACCGGAACUUCACAGAUCUGGACCCGUGUUGACCCCCCACUGGCUGUGCAUUCAGGUCCUUGACUCGAAGAACCGGCCUUGCCUCACGGAGCGGGCGCUGCUCUCUAACUUGACCGCGAUCGUUUCGGACGCGGCACGAACCCCUCGCAAUCAAGUCGCACAAUCCGCUCUGGGAGUGCUGAGCACAGAGCGUCGAGCAAUCUGGGCAGGUCACCGUGAGCGACUGAUGAGCGACCAAGGCAAUUCGAUGUGCCUCGAUGUGCUCGACAAGGCUCUGUUCGUUGUCUGCCUCGAUGAUGCGAAUCCGGGGACCGCAAGUGAGAUCGCGACAAACAUGCUUUGUGCGUUUUCCUACCGUGGAUGCUCUAGCUCCUGCUGUACGCGUGCUUGACCCUGACCAACGCCAUGCGGCUCAUUGACGAUUGCAGGCGGAACGUACAAGUUAGAGAAAGGCGUUCAAGUCGGCACCUGCACCAACCGCUAUUACGAUAAGGUUGGUACAGUGUAAUCCAGUCGUUUUCCGCUGUCCGAUGCUACCAUGCUGAUUUGACUUGGACUGAUUCUGAGCUAUAUAGCUCCAAAUUAUUGUAGCCGAGAACGGCGCUGCUGGAAUCAACUUUGAGCACUCGGGGGUUGACGGACACACCGUGCUCCGCUUCGUCGCCGACGUCUACACGGAGCUGAUUCUCCGAUUUGCGAAAUCGAUCAACUCGGCUUCCUCUACGCUGUUCAAAGCCAAAGUUUCGCCCUGGGCAACCGGUGGAGGUAAGAAGCUUCCAGCGAAGGGUCAGAGUGACGAAGCACCCGAAGACAUCGACACCGCACCCAAGAAGCUCGAAUGGGUCAUGACUCCCGAUCUCAAAGUUGCUGUUCGCUUUGCUGAGACUCGCCUCAGCGAUCUGAUUUGUUCGAACGAGGCCGUUGCGCUGGAAUUUGAAGUGUAUGGCAAGAAUGCGAUUACGCAGCAUGGAUUUUCCCCCGACGCUUUUGUGCAAAUGGCAUACCAAGCGGCAUACUUCUCGCUCUAUGGAAGAACAGAAUCGACGUACGAACCGGCGAUGACGAAAUCGUUUUUGCACGGUCGCACGGAGGCAAUCAGGCCGGUCACUCCGGAGUAGGUCAAGCUCCGCUCGAGAUUCCCAUACAGAGCCUGCAUGUUGCUCAUCGCGUACUCUGGCUAUCCUUCAACCCUCAGGUCUGUUGCCUUUGUCAAGACAUUCUGCUCUGACGCCCCCCCGCGGGACAAGAUUAACGCCCUUCGUGCUGCUUGCAAAGCCCACACCGAAUUGACCAAAGCCUGCUCGAAAGGUCUCGGUCAAGAUCGUGUUCUCUACGCGAUGUAUUGCCUUCAUCAGCAACGGAUGCAGCAAGACAAAGAAGAACGCUCCAAGAAUGGGCAUGCACCGAACGGGGCCGAGGGCUCGGGCUCGGAUUUGGACUUCGAUUCUGACGAGCCGCUCGGUGCGGAUGGAGUUAGCAUCACGAAGUCUGUACCGGCUUUGUUCAAGGAUUCGGGGUACGCCACACUCAACGCUUCAAUCCUGUCGACUUCGAACUGUGGCAACCCCGCGCUGCGCCUGUUCGGUUUUGGGGCAGUUACCCCUGAUGGCUUUGGAAGUGAGCUCUUUCGGCACGUUCUGCGUUCUUGCGCGCUGUUCCUGUAUUGAUCCAUAAAUCUUCAUCCAACUUCCGCGUUCCACAGUCGGAUACAUCAUAAAAGACGACUCUAUCGCUUUCUGUGCCGCAUCUAAACAUCGUCAGACCCAGCGCUUCCUCGAUUCCCUCCGACAGUACUUCAUCGAGGUCUAUCGCAUGAUGCGACAGCUCCACGCUGAAGCGAACCGCAAGCCUAACUCGGUCUUUGUCGAUCAUUUCGUGGGCGAGGUUGAUGCUAGGAGCGGGAAACCAAUGUCGAGUCAUCUGAGGUCGGGAUCCAUCGAUCUUGAAGAAAGCGACUUCGCUGGAUAUGGUUUCUACGGCGAACUUGAUGAGAGCGUCGAGAGGAUGCUGGAUUCGCAAAGAAAAGUUGCUCGGGGUAAGGUUGCACCGGGGACACGGAUUCAGACCGUCGAAUUGUGA